AACUUUAAAUGGACAUUAUUUUACCCUGUUCUGGAAAGGAGCUGGUAUUUCUACAACUCAUGCUGUCAUGAGGCUGUGAGGGCUGCUGAAGAUGUCCGAUAGUCUGGAUAUUGAAGAGAAACCUCCAGCCCCACCGUUGAGAAUGAACAGCAACAAUCGCGAUUCUUCAGCACUAAACCACAGUUCAAAACCGCUCCCCAUGGCCCCUGAGGAGAAGAACAAGAAAGCCAGGCUUCGCUCCAUCUUCCCAGGAGGAGGGGAUAAAACCAACAAGAAGAAAGAGAAAGAACGUCCUGAGAUCUCUCUUCCUUCAGACUUUGAACAUACCAUUCAUGUGGGAUUUGAUGCCGUCACUGGAGAAUUCACACCAGAUCUCUAUGGCUCACAGAUGUGCACAGGGAAGCUCCCAGAGGGCAUUCCAGAGCAGUGGGCCAGGCUACUACAGACCUCCAACAUAACAAAACUGGAGCAGAAGAAGAACCCACAAGCUGUUCUAGAUGUUCUCAAAUUUUAUGAUUCCAAAGAAACAGUAAACAACCAGAAAUAUAUGAGCUUUACGUCAGGAGAUAAAAGCGCCCAUGGAUACAUAGAAGCCCAUCCUUCGAGCACAAAAACAGCAUCAGAACCCCCGCUAGCUCCCUCUGUUUCUGAAGAAGAGGAUGAAGAUGACGAAGAAGAGGAAGAUGACAAUGAACCUCCGCCUGUUAUCGCACCACGGCCUGAACAUACAAAAUCAAUCUACACACGCUCCGUAAUUGAACCUGCAGCUGCACCAGCACCAGCUAAAGAAGCCACCACUCCCCAACCUGAAAACUCAAACACAAACACUUUGUACAGAAACACAGACCGGCAGCGAAAAAAAUCCAAGAUGACAGAUGAGGAGAUCCUAGAGAAACUGAGGAGCAUUGUGAGCGUGGGAGAUCCUAAGAAGAAAUACACUCGAUUUGAAAAAAUUGGCCAAGGGGCAUCAGGAACUGUUUAUACAGCAAUCGACAUCGCCACAGGACAAGAGGUGGCCAUAAAGCAAAUGAAUCUCCAACAACAGCCCAAAAAGGAACUAAUUAUUAAUGAAAUCCUGGUCAUGAGGGAAAAUAAGAACCCCAAUAUUGUUAACUAUUUAGACAGCUACCUAGUCGGUGAUGAACUCUGGGUGGUUAUGGAAUACUUGGCUGGAGGCUCUUUAACCGAUGUUGUUACAGAGACAUGUAUGGAUGAAGGACAGAUAGCAGCUGUCUGUAGGGAGUGCCUGCAAGCACUGGAUUUCCUUCAUUCAAACCAAGUGAUUCACAGAGACAUCAAAAGCGACAAUAUUCUUCUCGGAAUGGACGGAUCUGUCAAAUUGACUGAUUUUGGCUUCUGUGCUCAGAUCACCCCCGAGCAGAGUAAACGGAGCACAAUGGUCGGGACUCCUUACUGGAUGGCACCAGAAGUGGUGACAAGAAAAGCAUACGGCCCCAAAGUGGACAUCUGGUCACUUGGGAUCAUGGCAAUAGAAAUGGUGGAAGGAGAACCUCCUUACCUUAAUGAAAAUCCUCUCAGGGCGCUGUAUCUGAUAGCUACGAACGGGACACCAGAGCUGCAGAACCCUGAGCGACUGUCCGCUGUGUUUCGCGACUUUUUGAACUGCUGCCUGGAGAUGGACGUGGACAGGCGAGGGUCUGCCAAGGAACUUUUGCAGCAUCCAUUUUUAAAAUUAGCCAAGCCUCUCUCCAGCCUGACUCCUCUGAUCAUUGCAGCAAAGGAAGCGAUUAAGAACAGCAGCCGCUAGCGCUUCAGGCCGGCUUUCUCCCAUGCCAGCUCAGAGCAGAACUGAGAACAAAAACUCUAUAAAACCUCAACUCUUGUGCUGCAGGACAGAUGGAUGGAUGAACAAACCAACAGUCACAGUCAUGGUGGUAGGAGGGAGACCAACCCAGUCCCUCAAGGAGUAAAAAAUUGUCAUUUGUCUUC